AAGCGACAUUAAUUCAUCCAAGGGUCUAAACUUAAUUAAAAAAAAUUCAAAUAAUAUAAAAUUCGUCCCCAGCAUGUGGGACUUGUGGGCCGAAAGAAACUAAGAAGCCCAAGCCCAGCUGACCAAGAGAGGUAGCUGAGCGAAGCAUCCGGUGUGUUCCCUCGCCAUCCGCCGCCGCCGCCAUGCCGGGCUUCGCUCAGCGUCUCGCGGGCAUCCCGUGGCGGAGCAUCGCGAGGCAAGGCCUCUCCCGCGUGUUCCUGGUGGCGAAGGCCUACUGCGUGAUCCACGUCGUCAACGACCACCUCUGCUCGGUGACCUUAGUGCGGGGCGCCAGCAUGCUGCCGUCCCUGAACCUGGCGGGCGACGCGGUGGCGGUGGACAGGGUCAGCGUGAGGCUCGGCCGGGUCGCGCCGGGGGACAUCGUGCUGAUGAUCUCCCCUGAGGACCCGCGCAAAUCGGUCGUCAAGCGCGUCGUCGGGAUGCAGGGGGACUCCGUCACCUACCUUGUCGACCCCGGCAAAAGCGACUCCUCCAGAACCGUCGUGGUACCGCAAGAUCAUGUCUGGGUGCAGGGUGACAAUAUCUUUGCUUCUAACGAUUCGAGGCAAUUUGGAGCUGUGCCUUAUGGGCUGAUUACAGGGAAGAUCUUUUGCCGGGUUUGGCCGCCAGAGAGUUUUGGCGCAAUUGAUGACGCAACGAAGCAGUCUUAACGCUGAGGAGGAGCCGAGGAGAGCACAUGGACCCAUAUUGUUUGCUCGCCCCCAGAGAUUCUAUAAUAGCCAACUGCAGGGGGGCCCUUCCUUGAGCUCGAGAGCUUUCGACGACCUACCGCAGCGCAUUUCUACAGCGAAGCAAAGAGCGUUGUGUGUCUUGAUUGAUGUCCCGUGUUUUUACAGUUUUGGUGUGACAAGUUCUGAAACCCGUGUUUUUACAACUACACUACAACUUCACAUGCUUAUUCGAAACAUUUGAACUGAUUUGUCAGUCCUCGUUUUGCAGAAGGGCGUGUCUGUUUGUUUAUCCAUGUCCAUGUCAAAACACACGACGAUUAUUGUUCAGCAUGUCCAUGUCAAAACA